UUUCGCGCACGAUGGCUACUGAUGGUGAGGUACUGCUGGGCUUGGUGGAGGAGUUCGUCUCAGGACAACAGGACAGCAAGGCCGCGGCCGCGGCAAGAGGCGUGAAGACUGGACAGUUUAAAAUAUUAGAACUGGUUGAAGCUUUGGGUCUGAGCCUGACGAGCUCCCAGCCGCAGACUCGGGCACGUGGCGUUCAGCUGCUGUCUGAGGUGCUCCGCGAGUGUGACAGCGGCCUCUCCGAAAAGGAAGUCGAGGUCCUUGUGGCUUUUUAUGAAAACAGACUGAAGGACCACUAUGUCAUCCUGCCCCAUGUUUUGCAGGGGAUCAAGGCCUUGACCAAGACUCCAUUGUGGCCUCCCGGAUUGGCUGUUUCAGUCCUGAGGUCUCUCUUCCGAGAUAUUCACGUGCAGUCUUUAAUGUUGGUGGAGAGAUCAUGUGUCUACAGCAUUCUCAUCAACCUGAUGGAGUAUAAGGAGGAGGAGCUGAAGGGGCUGGGCGCAGACUUCGUCUUCGGGUUUGUGCAGGCGAUGGAUAGCGAACGCGACCCCCGGAAUCUCCUGCUAGCCUUCCAGAUCGCCCGGAAUAUUCUCCUCAGAGGCUAUGAGCUGGGUAAAUUCACGGAGGAGCUGUUUGAAGUGACAUCCGGCUACUUCCCGUUAGACUUCACGCCUCCCCCUAACAACCCUCAUGGGAUCACGCAGGAAGAUCUGAUUGUGGCUCUGAGAGGGGUGCUAUCUGGGACGGCCCGCUUUGCGGAGUUCCUGCUGCCGCUGAUCAUCGAGAAGCUGGACUCAGACGUCCAGAAAGCCAAGUUGGACUGCCUGCAGACGCUGGAGGCCUGCGUUUCCGUGUACUCCUACAGGGAGCUGAAGGCGUUCCUGUCGGGCCUCUGGGCCUCGCUGCGCAGAGAGGUCUUCCAGACGGCCAGCGAGAAGAUCGAGGCUGCAGGCCUUUCUGCCCUGAGUGCCCUCUCGGCCUGCCUGUCCCGCUCCGUCCUUGACUCGCAGGGUGACGACGUUCUGCAUGUUUUCCUGGAUCUCGUUGUCCAAGACUGUCAGCAUCACCUCUGUGAGCCCGACCUCAAGCUUGUGUGGCCCAGUGCCAAGCUGUUGCAGGCGGCCGCUAGCGCCUCCUACAGGGCAAGCCACAGAAUUACGAGUGCGGUCUUGCCAAAACUGAUGGAGCAGUACAUCAGCGAAACACAGUGUGCUCACCGGCGCACCCUGCUGGAGGUCCUUCAGGGAUUCGUGCAGCCGAUACAGAGUAGUGUCCCCUUAGAGGGAGCAGAUGAGAAUGUGUUCAGUGCAUUCCGCGAAUCCCUCUGUAACGUCGUCUUCUCUGCCCUUUCGGAGUCCAACUCGGGACUGCAGGUCGCGGCCUGCCGUGUCCUCGCCUCAUUGUGCCAACAGCCAGGCCUUUUGUUGGCUUCGGAUGUGGAGCUGGCCGUCAGUCACCUGACUCGACUGGUGUUGGAGGACGGGGAGCCCCAGGUCAGCAUGGCUGUUCUGGAAUGUUCCCGCGCUCUGUCCUUCCUGCACACCAGCACCUUCGCCGCCAUCAUGGUCCCUCGGCUCAAAGGAGAGAUCUUCACAGAGCCCAUGGCCCAGGAUGAUGGGCCCUCCCCGAAAGCUUUGCGGGAGCGGUGCAUGACCGCGCUGGCCGCCGUGUCGAAUCAGCCCGGCGUGAUACGGGAGAGCGCCCCCGUGCUGCUCGAGGUCCUGGCGUCUUCUCACACAGGAACAGGGUCGUUCGCGGCGGAUGAUGCACUGGCAGCGUGCCGCAGUCUGCAGCGGAUAGUGCAGCAGGCCCCAGACGUGGAGGACACUGGGAGAUUCUUCCAUGACAUCAUCAUCCCGCGCCUUCUAGGCUUGGCGUUGCAGGCUGGCCUGUGGCGUGGGGUAUCCCCGCCCCGGGAAAGCCCCCUGGCUGAGGAGCCAGUGUUGCAGGCCUUGGUGCCAGUGAUGGGUAUGGCCUGUGCCCGGCUACAGCCACAGCUGUCCGCCGUCACCGCAGCGCGGGUGGUGUCCCUCUUCCUGGACGGGGACGUGAGUUUCCUGCUGGAAGACGGGCUUCCCUCCGGACUGCAGCUGCUGAGAGUGCAGCACUCCUGGAGCCUGUCGCAGCUGACAUGCCUUCUCAUGGCCUGCGUGUGCUCCGUGCCGCAGAGUGUGGAGCUGCCCCAGCUGGAGCGGUUGAUGGCGGAGCUGGAGGAGCUCUCCUGUACCUCCACGUACCCCUUCUGCUACACCGCCGCUUCCAAGUGCUUUGCCGGCCUGGUGAACAAGAGGCCUGCAGGGGAGGCGCUGGACUUGCUGCUGGACAGAGUGAUGGGGAGGAUCUGCUCGGAGCUGGACCACGCCUCCUCUUCUGUCCGCCUGCAGGCCUUCACCCUGCUGCUCUGGGUGACCAAAGCCCUUCUGAUCCGAUACCACCCCCGGGCCUCCGUGCUGACCGAUAAGAUGUUCUCUCUCUUGACGGACCGUGAGCUAGGCCCCCUAGUGGCCGACGGCUUUUCCGUCCUGAUGAGUGACCCGGUGGACGUGCUGACCCGGGCGGGCCACGCUGACGUGCGCAUCAUGUACCGGCAACGCUUCUUCACGGAGAACUCUGCCAAGCUGGUACAAGGGUUCAACUCUGCGGAGAAAGAGAUGAAGCCCGGCUACCUCAAAGCGCUCUCACACAUCGUGAAUAACCUUCCGAGGCAGGUCCAGCUGUCCGAGCUGCCAGCGCUGCUGCCUCUCCUGCUGGAGGCGCUGUCGUGCCCGGACCAGGCGGUGCAGCUCUCCACCCUCUCCUGCCUGCACCCGGUGCUGAUGGAAUCCUUACCGGCGUCGACCCUCUGCCUCCAGCUCGAAGGACUCGUAUCACACCUGCUUGGCCUCACCAGCAGCCCUACCAUGAAAGUACGCAUCGCUUCCCUGCGCUGCCUUAAUGCCGUGUCCCACUUCCCCGAACACGAAGUCAUCCCAUUCCGCGAUAGGGUUCUGAGAGCACUGGCCCCUCCCCUGGAUGACAAGAAGAGGCUGGUGAGGAAGGAGGCGGUAGCGACGCGGGGAGAGUGGUUCCUCCUAGGGAGCCCAGGAAGGUGAACACACCCCCACGUCGCUCUCUCUCUGGGGAGAUGAGAGCAUGUCCACAGCAGAUGGCCCUGCACUCAAACCUGCCGCCACAACCUUGUAUAAGCAGCGUAGCACACUUUAUCGUACUGCUUCUGGCCUGAGAGGCGAGGGAAAGUGGGGGCCUAGAACCCAGAUCACACCGGAAACAUGCCCUAGCUCAAAUGGACUCCUCCCCAGCGAAUAGUGAGAGAUGUUUGCAACAAUCUCAUAAUACGAGACUACAGUAUUCCCACUUACGCUCUCUAACCAGACAAGGAGGAAACAAAAAAAACUAACCACCUACCGCCGCCAUGGAACAGGCAGGGAUGUAUGUUUCACAUGGGUUAAACUGACAUUAGUUAGUACUGGCACCUAUUGUCAGUUCGUAAAAAUGUGUGCUAAUCCUGGUCCCCACCUGUCCGUCCCUGUUAGCCAACUAACCUUAAACCUCGCACAACUAAAGUCAGGGCUAUUGUGGACACUAUAAGUUUCUAUAAAUAAAUGUCAGAUUUUUAUAAAUGCA